AUGUCUGUCCCCACCCCCGUCACCGUCGACCCGCCCCCCGUCCCGCUCCCUCCAGCGUCGGCGCCGGUCGCAUCGUCCUCAUCAUGGCCCUUCGGUAGCAUCUACAAUCGUUUCGCCACGUGGAGGAAGUCACUCGACCUCCCUAACCCCGGCACGGUCGAGAACCUCUCAAAGGAGGCGAAACAGACACUGCUCACCAACUAUGCGUUCGAUGGCGCGAGGGCCGACCUCUCCAAGAGCCUGUCGAUGAACCCGAUGUUCCAAGUGACGCAUUCGUUCCACUUGGGCUCCCAGACGAGUCCGCCAACAUACCACUUCGGUGCCAUGUUCGCAAACGACAAGGCGUUCUUGCACGGUAACAUCGACAACGACGGCAACUUGUCAGGACGGUUCAACCAGGGCUGGAGCGCGAACAACGUCUCAAAAGCACAGGCGCAGCUGUCGACACAACCGGGGCAGAGCUUCCUGCAGCUCGAGCACGACUACCAGGGCAGCGACUACUCGCUGAACACCAAGGCGGUCAACCCGUCCCCGGCGGACCUGUCCGGUAUCUACAUGGGCUCGUACAUGCAGUCCGUCACGAAAAACCUCGCGUUCGGGGUCGAGACGAUCCUGCAGCACCAGGGGCCUGGGUUGUCCGACAUCGGCGCCGCGUACCUCGCCAAGUACACCAGCUCAGACCGGAACUGGAUCGCGACCGCGCAGGUCCAGGGCCCUGGCGUGCUUCAGGCGACGUACUGGCAGAAGCUAAGCGAGAAGGUCGACGUCGCGGCGGACCUGCAGGUCAUGGCGGCGCCCGGCCGGCGGGAUGCGUUGGCGACGCUCGCGGCGCGAUACGAGCUCCGCAUGGCGUCGUUCCGCGCGCAGCUCGACUCGACAGGUAAGGUGUCGGCAUACCUCGAGCAGCGGUUCGCCCCCACCUUCUCGUUCCUGGUUUCCGGUGAGAUCGACCACUUCAAGAACGCGGCUAAGGUCGGCGUCGGUGUAAUGAUCGACUCCUCGAGCUUGAGUCCCGAGGAGAUGGGGAUGGUCCCGCCACCCGGCUCCCCCGCUGUCCCCAUGCCUCAGCCGUAGACCCUUGAAGUACAUUACCUUAGCGUAGAAUAUUAGGUGCCUGCGUGUGCCCGUACCCCCUCCUCAUGCUUUGAUAAUACUUGCAAUCACAUCUUGCAUCGUCCUUCAG